UGUUCUUGUUUUUGUGAAACUUUGAUGUGAUUCUUGUCAAAGUGAAAAAUCCUAGUAGAAAGGUGUAGUAGUUUUGUGAACCAAAUGUUGGGAAUUUCUUGCUUUGUCGUUUGUAUUAUUGGGUUUUGAAUAUUGGGUAGUCCUUGUUUUCCAUUAGGAAAUAUUGGGUAGUUUUUGUUUUUGCAUUUGGGAAAUUUCCCUUCUUUCGCUGAGGGAGAAUAUAAAGGAAUUAUAGAGAAAUUGGUGAUGGAGAAGAAAGUCCAAGGAAGGGAAGUCUUGGGUCUGCCUUUUCUGCUUGUUCUCUUUGUGUUUGUAGAAAUUGGUGAAGCUCAAUCCAAGUCCUUCUUCAUAAACUGUGGCACAAAUGGCAGUGUCAAUGUGGAUGGUAGGAAAUGGGUUGGUGAUUUGGCUCCCAAUACCAAUCUUACUCUCAGUUCCCUUGGCGUUGAUGCAUCCACUCCUACAUUAAGCGGCGAAUCAGCCUUCGAUUCACUUUAUAAAACUGCCCGGAUUUUCACUGAUGGCUUGAACUACACGUUUGAAGGAAUCGAUGAGGGAAACUAUGUUGUUAGGCUUCAUUUCUAUCCCUUCUCCUUUGAUAAGUACAAUGUGAAUGAGUCUUCAUUUGAUGUUGUAGCAAAUGGUCUAAAGCUGGUGUUGGAAUUCAAUGUACCUGGUGAAAUCUUACACAGAAACACGUUCUUGCAAAACCCCGGAGGUAACUCUAGUUCUUCUCUGGUUAAAGAGUACAUUCUGCCUGUUAAAUCGAAUGGGCUCGUGAUUGAAUUCACACCGGCUAAAGGGUCUUUCGGGUUUGUAAAUGCUAUGGAAAUUAUCCCAGUUGUGGAGACUUUCUUUGAAGAUUCAGUUGCUAAAGUGGGUGGAAGUGCAGUGAAUCUGAAUUUGGGCGGGCGGGGCUUUGAGAUUAUGUACAGAUUGAAUGUUGGAGGUGAUGAAAUUAGUCCUUCUAAAGAUUCGGGUCUUUGGAGAACAUGGGAAGUGGAUUCUAGUUACAUGAUCACAGCAAAUGCAGGGUCAGCAAUCAGUAACAGUUCCAAUAUUACCUAUGCUUCGGUCAAUGAUUCUUCCGUGGCUCCUCUUCUGGUGUAUGAAACUGCAAGAUCCAUGUCCAACAAUCAAGUCUUGGAGAAGAGGUUCAACAUGUCAUGGAAAUUCGAAGUGCAUCCUGAUUUCGAUUACUUGGUUCGCUUACAUUUCUGUGAGCUAGUUUAUGAUCAGGCAAAGCAAAGAACCUUCAGGAUCUACAUAAACAACAGGACUGCUGCAGACAAUUUUGAUGUUUAUUCGCAAGCAGGAGGGAAGAACAAGGCAUAUCAUCAGGAUUUUGUUGACACAGUGUCUUCAAAGUUCGACACACUUUGGAUCCAAUUAGGUCCUGACACGAGUGCAAGUACUGCAGUUACUGAUGCUAUCUUAAGUGGUCUGGAGGUUUUGAAGCUGAGUCGAAAUGGGAAUCUGGCCUAUGUGGAGAGAUAUGAGCCAGCUGGGAAUUCAUCGAGAAAUUCAAAGACUUUUAUUCUUUGGGUAGGAAUCGGUGCUGGUGUAGCUUCUAUGGCGAUUCUUGCCUCUAUAGUUGCUUUUGCAUUAUGUUUCUGCAAAAAGCGGAGAAACAAAUCAAGUGACACCAAAAGCAGUAAUUCUGUGUGGCGGCCUUUAUUCCUUCAUGGCUCGAUUCAGAACAGCACUUCAAAUGCCAAGGGAUCUGGGCAGAGCUUAUAUGGGUCUGUGGCCUUCACUAGAGUUGGCAAGCGGUUUACGCUAGCUGAGAUCCGUGCAGCGACGAAUAAUUUUGAUGAAAGUUUGGUGAUUGGAGUUGGAGGCUUUGGUAAGGUGUACAAAGGGGAGACCGAUGAUGGAACUCUUGUGGCUAUCAAGCGAGCCAGCCUGCAAUCUGAGCAAGGACUCUCGGAGUUUGAAACGGAGAUUGAGAUGCUCUCCAAGCUCAGGCAUAGGCAUUUGGUCUCCAUGAUUGGCUUCUGUGACGAACAAAAUGAGAUGAUCUUGGUUUACGAGUACAUGGCGAAUGGGACUCUUAGGAGUCAUCUCUUUGGGAAUGAUCUCCCGCCCUUGACCUGGAAGCAGAGAUUGGAAGCAUGCAUUGGUGCUGCAAGAGGACUUCAUUACCUUCACACUGGCGCCGAGAGAGGAAUAAUUCACAGAGAUGUGAAGACAACUAACAUUCUGCUUGAUGAAAACUUUGUAGCAAAAAUGGCUGAUUUCGGGCUGUCAAAAACUGGCCCUGCUUUGGACCACACCCAUGUUAGCACAGCAGUGAAAGGAAGUUUUGGUUAUCUGGACCCCGAGUACUUCCGACGACAGCAGCUGACUGAGAAAUCCGACGUUUAUUCUUUUGGGGUGGUGUUGUUUGAAGUCGUUUGCGCUCGAGCUGUAAUAAAUCCAACCUUGCCCAAGGAUCAAAUCAACCUUGCGGAAUGGGCAAUGAAAUGGCAAAGGCAGCGAUCUCUCAAAACCAUCAUCGACCCACGACUCAAAGGAAGCUAUUCUCCAGAGUCAUUGAAGAAGUUCGGCGAGAUAGCAGAGAAAUGUCUAGCCGACGAGGGGAAGAACCGUCCGACAAUGGGAGAAGUCCUGUGGCACUUGGAGUAUGUCUUACAACUCCACGAAGCUUGGAUGCGUAGCAAUACAUCAGAUAAUUCCUUCUCGAGUAGUCAGGCUUUGGGGAUCGACGAAAGAGAAGCAGAAGAAGGAGCUAGUUUAGGAGAGACUAGCUCGAUAGAAAAGUCUACUUCAAGAGGAAUUCGCGAUGCAGAUGCUACAGCUGGAGUUGAGCUCUCAUAACAGAAUUAUUCCAUACAUGACCAGUGAGGAUCUUAUAGAUUGUGUCCUACGCGAUUGCCUUACAAAUUCUUUCAAAUGUUUUAUAUUCGAUUCAACUUUCUGUUGUAUUCUAUAUCACACGCAUGAUUCUUUAUGCCACUGCCAGAUAUAUUCAAUUGGUUUUUCUGUUACAUUAUUGGGAUAAGGUUGCUUUUAUCUCGUGAU